AUGAUUAAUCCCAAAGAGGCGGAGGGUUUUAAAAAUCAAGGCAAUGAAGCCUUUAAAAGUGAAAAGUAUGAAGAAGCCAUAUCUCUUUAUAGCAAAGCUAUUAAUUUAGCUGAAAAAGAUUCUCGAGAUUUAGCAACCUACCUGAAAAACCGCGCGGCGGCUUAUCUCAAGCUAAAAGAUUAUAAAAUGGUAAUAAAAGAUUGCGAUGAAGCCCUACAAAUUGUGCCUGAGGACCCCAAGGCUCUGUUUCGGCGCGCUCAGGCGUUGGAAAGCCUUGAACGUUUCGAAGAAGCAUAUAGAGAUGCAAAAACUAUAUUAACUGUUGAUCCAGCUAACAAAGCCAUUCAACCUAUGUUAGGGCGUCUAUAUGCUGUAGUUCAAGAAAGAGCAAAAAGUGCAGCUCAAACAAGUAAUAAAGUAGAGCAAAUGUUCAAACUAGCUUUUGAUAUUAGUGAAGAUAAGAGUAAACGUGAGAAAGCUGUAGCAAACUUAAUAGUUUUGGCAAAAGAAUCUACAGGCGCUGAUAUCAUGAUGAAAAAUGGUGUUGUUCAUAAAAUACAAAAGCUUCUGAAGGUUGAAAAGAAUCAAGAAAUUUAUGUUAACUGCAUAAGAGUGAUCGGUCAGCUGUGUAAGAGAAGUGUUGAGAGAACUACUGACGUUAUCAAAACCGUUGGUAUACCCUGGUUCUUAGAAAUCAUAGAUAGUGAUUAUGAUGAGAGAGUGAAUGCUGCUCAGUACUGUCUGCAAGUUAUAUUAAAUACAUUUUCUGGUAUGGACACUAAGAAAGAAACUAAACCCGACCCCAGUUUAUGCGAGCAGUACAAGAGUGAGAUAGACACAUUAUUAACAUGCCUCACCUACUCUAUCACUAACAGAGUCAUCACAGGACAAGCCAGAGAUGCUAUUAUAGAGCUAAUUAUGAGAAACUGUCACUUCACAACUCUUAAUUGGGCUGAACGGUUUGUGGAAAUAAGAGGUUUACAGCGCCUUCUUGAAGUUUGCAGUGAAUUGGAAGAUUAUAAAUAUGAAUCUGCAAUGAAUAUCACUGAUUCAUCAAGAACUAUAGCAGCAGCGUGCUUAGCCAGGGUAUAUGAAAACAUGUACUAUGAUCAAGCAAGAGAGAACUUCAAUGGCCAUGUUGAUGAAUUUAUAAAGGAUAAACUUCUUUCUCCUGACCUUGAGUCUAAAGUAAGAGUGACUGUGGCCAUAACAUCCCUAUUGAGAGGACCACUGGAUGUUGGUAAUUAUGUUAUCUCCAAAGAAGGCAUAAUAGAUAUGAUUUUGGUGAUGGCACAAACUGAAGACCCAUUACAGCAAAGGGUUGCCUGCGAGUGUUUGAUAGCCGCUGCCUCAAAGAAGGACAAAGCAAGAACCAUUAUAAACAAAGGGGUUGAUAUUUUGAAAAAAUUAUAUUCCUGUAAAAAUGAUGCUGUUAGAGUCAGAGCUCUGGUUGGUCUAUGCAAGAUUGGCAGUUUUGGUGGUGAUGAUGCAUCCAUACGCCCCUUCGCUGAUGGUUCUACUAAAAAAUUGGCAGAGGCCUGUAGAAAGUUUCUGGUUAACCCAGCAAAAGACAAAGAUAUGAGAAAGUGGGCAGCCGAAGGGCUCUCAUACUUGACAUUGGAUGCAGAUGUAAAAGAAAAACUUGUGGAUGACAAACCAGCAAUUCAAGCACUCAUUGAAUUGGCAAAGUCUGGGGACCAAUCCUGUUUAUAUGGUGUAGUAACAACUUUGGUCAACUUAUGCAAUGCAUAUGAGAAACAGGAAGUAAUGCCGGAAAUGUUAGAACUUGCUAAAUUUGCUAAACAUCAUAUUCCUGAACAACAUGAACUAGAUGAUCCUGAUUUCGUCAACAAGAGAUUAACAAUACUUUGCAAAGCUGGUGUAACAACUGGUUUAGUAGCAUUAUCCAAAACCGAGAGUCAUAAUUCAAGAGAGUUAAUUGCAAGGGUGUUUAAUGCUUUAUGCAGUUUGCAAGAAUUGAGAGGGAUUGUAGUACAACAAGGUGGUGCUAAAGUAUUAAUACCAAUGGCAUUAGAAGGAACUAACAAUGGAAAGAAACAGGCAGCCCAAGCAUUGGCAAGAAUUGGAAUAACAAUAAACCCAGAAGUUGCUUAUCCUGGACAGAGGAAUUUAGAGGUAGUUAGACCGUUAAUAGCCUUACUGCAUCCAGAUUGCACAGCUUUAGAAAACUUUGAAGCACUCAUGGCUCUCUGUAAUCUGGCUGGUAUGAAUGAAACGACUAGAAAUAGAAUAUUGAAAGAGGGUGGCCUCUCGAAAAUAGAACACUACUUAUUUGAAGACCACAUGAUGUUGCAAAGAGCUGCAACACAAUGUGUAUGUAAUAUGCUCCAAUCAGAGGAAGUUGUGAAGACUUAUGAGGGCAAAAACGACAAAACAAAGUAUCUGUAUGUACUUUGUCAAGAAGAAGAUGUUGACACAGUAAUGGCAGCGGUCGGUGCAUUAUGUAUUCUAACAUCUGUAAGUAAAAUAUGCUGCAGGAAAUUGCUUGAUCUACAGUCUUGGUUGGAAACCUUGAGAUGUUUACUAGCGAAUCCAAAUAAUGAGAUACAAUACAGAGGUGCUUAUAUGCUGCACAAUAUUAUUAAAGAUGAUGUAGAUACUUCUAGUAGAAUAUUUGAAACUGACAUCAUGGAAAUAUUGAUGGCCUUAACAAAACUAACAGAGCCCGAGCAACAGAGAACUAAAGAGUUGGCAGAAAAAUGUUUGGCAGAGGCAGAGCUGAUGGGAGUUAUAAGAAAACCAGACUCAUCUCUCGUUGAAGAGAUUGUUGAAGAAGAAGAUUAA